AUGGAGGGAACUGCAAAUUUGGUGGUGUAUCGCAACGGUGAGAUAAUACGUAAUACUCAUGAGGGAGUGAGGUUUGUGUCCCAGAAUCCGUUUUUGUUUGUGGUUCCAUGUACGAUGACACUAAUGGAGCUGCAGAACGGCCUCUGUCAAAGCAUGGAGAAUGGUACGUUAAUGAGAGUGAGCAGAAUUUUGUACCGAAAUUCGGUUGUGGUUUUUGGUGGUCUAAUACAGUUUGAUGCCAUGUCGAUCACUGAUGAAGCGAGUAUGCAGAAGAUGUUUCAAAUUCACCAGCAGACUCAGAUGCGACACCCACAGAUUGCGGUGUACGUUGAUUUUGAAACUGUAGAGGCAGUGGCGGUUCAGAAUGAUAUAGAUAUACAUGAUGAUAGAGCUGCAGUGUACCAAGGAAUGAAUAGUGACAGCGAAGAUGACUUCGAAGCCACUUAUGAGGCCGGCGACGAAGAUGAGGAUGGUAAUGUGGGAGUUGAGGCAGCAGCAGAGAAUGUAGUGGUGGGUCCGUCGAGCAGUCAACCGAUGGACGUUCCACCUUUUAUGCGUGAGUUGGAUCUCGAGGCCAUGCAUGCCCCCAAGUUUCCGGAAUAUACAAAUAUAGGCGUUGCCGAUGGUGAGGACGGGGAGUUCCGGAUUGGAAUGGAAUACAGUUCUAGAAAGUCGGUCGUCGCAGCAAUUAGAAGUUUCACUAUUGCUAAAGGAGUUGACUAUGAGGUGUAUGAGUCUGAGUCACAGACGUUCUAUGCAAAAUGCAAGAUGUACGGGCGCGAAUAUACAGUUGCUGAUGCUAUAAGGCCAUUGGUCGAGACGGACCCGUCCAUCAAGGUGAAAUCUAUAAUUGCGGAAGUCCAGUCAAGGUUCAACUAUACCAUUAGUUACCGAAAGGCUUGGUUGGCAAAGGAGAAGUCCAUAGCCAACGUUUUCGGUGGUUGGGAGGAUUCUUACCAAGCCUUGCCAUGGUGGCUAUCGGUGAUGGUGCAGAAGAUGCCUGGUUCAGUUGUCCAAAUAGAAAUACGACCACUGUACAACGGGAAUGAGGAGGCGCAAGGUGUAAAAAUACUUCAUCGUGUAUUUUGGAGUUUCGAUCCAUGCAUUUGGGCAUUCAGGCAUUGUAAGCCCCUGGUUCAGGUUGACGGCACACACCUAUACGGAAAAUACAAAGGUACACUUCUAGUCGUUGUUGCACAAAAUAGGAACCAGAACAUUGUGCCUAUCGCCUUUGCCUUGGUGGAAGGGGAGACAGCUGAUGCGUGGCACUUCUUUCUCAGGAAUCUGCGAAUGUAUGUUGUUAGAAAAGAUGGUGUGGGUAUGAUCUCAGGCCGACAUGAGUCAAUACGGGCAGCAGUAAAUCGUUCCGGUGGCGACUGA